UGCAAGAUGGUGGAAUAUCACGGAUCUCAUGGAUAACGCGUUAAAAUUUGACGUUUAUGUCAUUUUUUCAAUGUUCUUGCUCAUUGCUUGACUUAAAUUUUUUGCUCACAAAAUGUUACUGUUAAUUUAAAUAUCAAGCAUUUUUUCCGAAAUGAGUUAACCAAAUAUUAUUGUGACCAUGAAUGAAGAAACAAGCAUUGAAGAUUCUUCGUAUUUAAGUUAUGAAGUAAAUGGUACUAGAUAUAUUUUGCAACCAAUAUCAGAUCCAACUCUUGACAUAGUGAAGUAUAUAUCAACUAACGAGGAGCAAAAUGCAAUUAAUAUUAUAGAUGAAACUCAAGCAGAGAAUGAAGAAGAAUCAGUUUCUUUAGUUUGCUUAGAUGGUAGAGUCUAUGCAUUUCAAAAUGGAGAAUUACAAGAAUUAGAUUUUAGUCAAAUUAUAGAUCAGAAUGAUCCACAAGAAAGGACAGUUCUAUUGUCCAAAGAAGUUGAUAAUUGUGAAACGCAGUAUAUUACUAACACAGAUUUAGUAAUUGGAAAUGUCGAUGAACAGUCCCAAGAACAAUUUGAAGUUAUCACAGAACAAAAUGAAAAGAAUUUUAUUGUGGAGAAGCCAAAUGUUAAUGCUAAUGAUUUUGUAGAAGUGGUAACAGCGUUUAAAUGCAAGAUAUGUACUUACACAACUCAAGAUAAAACGCAAUUAUUUCAGCACUUUCAAAAAACACAUGUGAAUCCAAAAGCAGAUAUGGAAAUAAAAGAAGAAUUCAAAAAUACAGAUGAAGUAAAGUUGUUAUACAUGUGUGGCGAAUGUUCUAAUUGUUUUCCUUCCAUAGAAGCUUGUAAAGAACAUAUGAUAAAUGACCAUCAGUUGACAGAUACAGGAUCUAAUAAAGGUGGCAAAGAAAACAUAACAGAUGAUUCAAAAGGUUCUGGUGUAUUGGAUGAGUGUAUGGGCGAGAGUGUUGAAAAUAAUGAUAUAAAACGUCAAGUUAAAAUUCAGAAGCCUAUAAGUUCUGAAUAUAUGCUCAAUAAAAAGAUGAUUGAAUUAAUGGAAAGAAACAUAAAGUGUUCAUAUAGAGGAUGUCCGUACAAAUUCUCCACGGAAGAAACAAUGCAGCAACAUGGGCUUUGUCAUAUAGAUUCGCAAAGUGGAAUCGCGUUUAAAUGUACUGUUUGUCGCGACAUGAAAUUCACCAAAUGGAGGCAGUGCAGCUUACAUUUAUGGAAAAAACAUCAAAUUGACAUAGGUCUGUUUACUUGUAAAAUAUGUAAAGCAUAUAAAAGUGCAACAAUGGUGAAACUUUUGACUCAUAUGCGAGUGCAUAGCGAGACCCGCGAGUAUGAAUGUUCCGAGUGCGGUAAAUGUUUCAAACAAGCCAGUCAACUACGUAAUCAUAGAGUGAUGCAUUUGGAUCGUAAAACAUUAGAAGUAACGCGUUGGUACACUUCAAAAAAAUGUGAUAUGUGUGGGAAGAUGUAUGCAAAUUCCAAAUGCUUGAAAAGUCACAUUCAAGCAGUACAUUCGAAACUACGGCCAUACGUUUGUAAUGUUUGUGGACAUUCUAGUGCUAGAAAAGCAAUGUUGCAAAUGCAUUUACGUCAGCAUACCGGUGAUAAACCUUUCAGUUGCGAGUUGUGCGAAUAUAAGACUGGUGAUCACAAUACAUUACGGCGUCAUAUUAUGCAACAUACAGGAUUUAGACCAUACAAAUGCCCGCAUUGUUCUUACACCGCAAUACAAAGUAGUAGUUACAAAAAUCACUUAAAAUCUAGGCAUCCUUUACUCUCGGGUUUGUUCACGUGUGAUUUGUGCCCUUUUAAAACUGUUAAAAAUGAAAGUUAUAUACAGCAUGUGAGAGAUCAUGAAAAAGGAUUGAUCAAAACGAAUAUGCAGAAAAAAGAUGGUGAAAAUGUUGAAGUUUUUCCUGGUAAUAUCGCAGCGGCGCAAUUGAUUUAUAGCUGCUUGGGUGCCUUCUCAAAAGUCGGAGAUACUUUAGAAGCAAACUUAAUGUCUUCCUCAACGUCUGCAGAUGGUACAUCACAAACGAUUACUAUACAAAUACCAUCUAAACACCUUGAAGGUUCACUGCCAACGAGAGAAAACGGAGCUAAAAAUAAUUCGUCGAUCGAACAAGAAGAUGAAGAAACGAUGCAUUGUUUUCUAAAAAUUCCAAGAGAAGAAGAAGAAAGUAUAGAUACUGGCGGUAUAACUAUACCCGCAGAACCGGAGGAAUCAGGUGCAACGACAAUUAAUGUUGAUACGUGAAAAUAUAAAAACUAGUGAUUCAAGAAAUGUGAGAAGCUCCUUUUUUUCAAGCAGCUGAUGUGGAACUUCCUUUAAAUUACACAUCAUAUCACAACUAACAGUCCUUGGGCAGUUCACCAUAGUAAGCCGUUAAAGCUAUUAACCUUCUGUCAAGAAAGUUCUGCUCCACUUCUAGACCACAACCUACACCGGCUAACAUGGCAAGCUGUAAUAUGUAUAUAUAUAUAUGUAUAUAAAAGUAUGAGGUAAAUAAUGUACAAUACAUUACAUACGUACGAAAUUCCAAAAUUAAGAUUUUCCGAAUUUUC